CUUUUAGGUCCAUUAACAAACUAUGUUGGAAGAAAGAAUACUUUAAUAUUGUGCAGUGUUCUGUUUUUCUUCGGAUGGGAUGGUAUUCCUUACAGUAACUCCGCUGAACUCCUGUAUUUUCUUAGAAUAAUUACUGGAUUCUGUUCAGGAUUAGUUUCUUCAGCUGCUCCUAUGUAUAUUAUCGAAAUAUCAACUCCUAAAGUUCGUGGAUUUCUGGGAUCUUGUUUCCAAUUAUCUGUGGUAACUGGAGUACUAGCAGCCAUGUCUCUUGGCCUAUAUUUUCCAUGGUCAUGGUUAUCUGUUUGCUGUGCCAUCAUCUCCAUAUUCUCGUUACUAUGCAUACUUCCUAUGCCAGAAUCACCCAGAUGGUUAGUAAUGAAGAAUAAGAAAAUAAAAGCCAUUGUUGCUAUUAAAUUUCUGCAAGGAGAUCGAGUGGAUCCUCAGAAAGAAUUUGAAAACAUAGAAAAUGAUAUAAAAAGACAACCUCAAGGUAAUAUUGGCAUUAAAGACUUUGUAGAUCCUAUCAAUUGGAAACCAUUUCUGUUGUCUAUAGGGUUAAUGUACUUCCAACAAUUUUCUGGAGUUAAUGGAAUAAUGUUUUAUGCUUCUUCUAUUUUUGAAUCCACUGGAAAUAAAACUAUUUCUGAUAAUUCUCCAGUUAUAGUGGCAGCUGUUCAAGUAUUUGCAACGUUCAUGGCUUCGAUUCUAAUGGAUAAAGCUGGUAGAAAACUUCUUCUUUUGAUAUGCGGAAUAGGAACAACCAUAAGUUUAACAACAAUGGGUUUUUAUUUUUAUUUCGCUGAAAAAUAUGGAAAGAGUUAUCAAGUACAGUACAGUUGGAUAUCUUUGGUUAGUCUAGUAGUAUUUAUAGCUUCGUUUUCUAUCGGUAUGGGACCAAUACCGUGGUUAAUGGUGGCAGAAAUGGUUCCUCAAAGAGUCAGAAGUUUGGUAAGUGCAGUUGCAACGGGUUUCAAUUGGACUUUAGUGUUUAUAAUUACUUUCACUUUCGCGAAAAUGGCUAUAGCUUUUCAUCCGUAUGGUUUAUACUGGUUUUAUGCAUCUAAUUGCUUUCUCUGUGUGUUGUUCUCGUGGUUUAUAUUACCAGAAACAAAAGGUAAGAAGUUAGAAGAUAUUCAAAAACUGUUCAAAAGAAGCAGCUUAUCAUUUAGAACAAAAUCAACAACUGGAAAUGAUUUGCUUCCGAUCAUUGAGAAUGAUGUAAUAAUGCAGAGCGAUUAAGAUAUAUAAACUAUAUUUAUUAGUAUU